AUGGCGGACGUAUCGGGGACCGAGCUGUCAGAGGAGAAAGAGGCUGAAAUUGAGCUAAAGAAAAGACAGAAAAGACCGUGGGAGGAUUUGCACAAGUCCGCUAAAAUCGGUCUGACUCCGGAACUGCCGGAAACGUUGGGAUUUUACGACAUUAGCGCUGUCAGGAGGGAGCAACGUGAGCAGCCAGCAGAUCCGUCGUUGACUCGCUUCAUUAGCGCAGAGCUCACCAGAGGCUACUUCCUGGAACACAAUGAGGCAAAGUACACCGAGCGCAGAGAGAGAGUGUACACAUGCAUGCGUAUUCCCAAGGAGCUGGAGAAGCUGAUGACCUUUGGCUUCUUCCUGUGUGCGGACGCCUUCCUGUACGUCUUCACGCUGCUGCCCCUCAGGGUGCUGCUGGCCGUGCUCCGCCUCCUCACGCUGCCAUGCUGUGGCUUCAGGGCACGCACAUGCCCCUACUGCAGAAGAAGCAGCGGGUCUCGGCUGCUGCAGCCGGCGCAGGUGUGUGACGUGCUGAAGGGCCUGAUCAUGGUGCUGUGCUUCUCCAUGAUGCAUUAUGUCGAUUACUCCAUGAUGUACCACCUGAUCAGAGGACAGUCUGUCAUCAAGCUCUACAUCAUCUACAACAUGUUGGAGGUGGCUGACCGCCUCUUCUCCUCCUUCGGUCAAGACAUCCUGGACGCUCUCUACUGGACGGCCACUGAACCCAAAAAUCGGAAAAGAGACAGUAUAGGAGUCAUUCCUCACUUCUUAAUGGCCGUCUUCUACGUCUUCCUCCAUGCCAUCCUCAUCAUGGUCCAAGCCUCCACCCUCAACGUCGCCUUCAACUCACACAACAAGUCCCUGCUCACCAUCAUGAUGUCCAACAACUUUGUGGAGAUUAAAGGAAGUGUGUUCAAGAAAUUUGAGAAGAACAACUUAUUUCAAAUGUCGAACAGUGAUAUCAAGGAACGGUUCACCAGCUACGUUCUCCUGCUCAUCGUUUGUCUCAGGAACAUGGAGCAGUUCUCAUGGAACCCAGACCACCUGUGGGUGUUGUUCCCUGAUGUCUUCAUGGUCGUCACCUCCGAAGUUGCUGUCGACAUCAUUAAACAUGCGUUCAUCACCAAAUUCAACGACAUCACUGCAGAUGUGUACAGUGAGUACAGAGCCAGUUUGGCUUUUGAUCUCGUCAGCAGUCGACAGAAGAACGCUUGUACAGACUACAGUGACUCAGUGGCCCGGAGGAUGGGCUUCAUCCCUCUGCCUUUGGCGGUUCUGCUUAUCCGUGUGGUGAUGAGUUCGGUGAAGGUGCAGGGAGCCCUGUCAUACACGUGUGUGUUCCUCUGUUAUCUUGGGCUGGUGACACUUAAAGUGUUGAACAGCAUUGUGCUGCUGGGGAAGUCGUGUGUUUACGUCAAGAGGGCCAACAUGGAGGACAAACUGUUUGAGAGGCCCCCCACCGCGCCAUCAUCCGCUGGGAAAACCCCCAGCAGAGCUGACCAGACCAGAUGUCCCACACCUUCAGGUGAAUCCAAGAUGGAGCAGCCUGUCACACCCUUCAGCCCACCACCGUCCUCCUCCACUGUGACCGCCCAGCCGACUCCCAGGACUGACUUGUUUCCCCCCCCGCCCGCUGAUCCCUCUCCGGCUGCUCCAGCCAGCCGUCCCCCGACUCCACCGCCUGAACAACCUGCACCUUCGCUCUCCAAAGAAGAGGAGGAGGAGGAGGAGGAGGAGGAGGAGGAGCCACAAGAAACCUCCGAACUGAAGCACAGGACUCCCGAUAAAGACCUGCUGGAGAUCGACCGUUUCACAAUCUGUGGUAACCGCAUUGAUUGACCAGCGGCAGCCGCUGACGUAGCGACAGACGGAGAGCGAAGGGCUCUUCAAGACGGCUUUGUUCUGGCCGACAGCAGCAGGAAGCUGAGUAUUUAUUUAAGUCGGUGGCAACACAGUAAGUUAUUGUGAACAGAGACGAUGCUGCUGCUGUGGAGGAGGACUGGAGUCGAAGACUGUGGCAGCUCAGUCCUCAGGAUGAACUGUCAUGUUAGUGUGUGUGUGAGUGAGUGAGUGAGUGAGACACACACAGAGAGAGCGAGAGCGAGACAGCGAGAGCGUAUUUAGAGUGAGUAUGCAGGUGUGUGUGUGGGGCAGCAUAUGUGAGAGCACACAAGCACUUCCUGUCUGAGCAUCGCUGGGACCAGAAAGAGAGAAACGUCUCAGUUCGCUCAGCAGCCAGUAGACAAACUUCCUCUUACAUUGGUCUUUUUAUUUCCUUUUACACCUGAUUAAAAACCGUGAAAUAUCUGCUGUCAUAUCACUUUUUUAUUUCCUUUUGCAGCACUAGCUUUCAUAAUCGGAUAUUGGGGUUACUUUUGGAACACGACUAAACGGCUUCUUCAAUAAUGGCCUUGAAGUCAGUGUUUCCCAACCUGAGGAUCCUGACCUGCACAGGGUCCGAGAUAAAUUUGGUGGGUCACAAGGUGAUCAACAAGUGAAGGAAGCAGAAAAAAGAGUUAUGCUUCUUAAAAUGAUGUUUAGUCAGACUCGUCUUGUUACUUUCUGCAUAAUUUUAACUUUUCGGGUACUCGCAUUAAACGGAAACACACCACUCGGGCUAACAAACAGAAAAUGGUUUGUUUUAAAGGCCAAUAAAGUUUGUGAAACGCAGCUCUAAGCAGUCACACAAUGACAACACUAAGUGAAGCGUACUUCUCAACAUCAUCGUUUGAGUUACGGACGUGACUUUUAAUUGGAGUCUUUGGUUUACACAGCCAACGGAUAAAGUCAUUUGCGGCGCCUUCAGCGGCUAAAGGACUGUUCAUUAAAGGAAGCCGUCAGUGCACAACAUUAACAGAAGCUGCCGACUUCCGACACUAAAUCUGCUGCUUCUACCAGCCAGACGUGUUUCAGAGGUUCAUUUAAAACUAGGAACGAAGAAAACGUGUCGUUGGUUAAUAAUUAUUUUCUUCUUGCUUAGGGGACAUCUUUCUAAUCGCUUCAUACACAAUAACAAAUCAUAAUCUGAAAUCAUAAAAAAAAAAAAAAUCUAUAAAUGCAAUCAGUCACUGAUCAGAUAUAUCUGCCGGCUUUCGUCUGUACGUAAUUGAGUGCAAAAUAUAAUAUUCUUAACAAUUCAAUAUCGGGACAUAAAGUUCCAGCAGCCAAAUAUUUAAUUGACACAAUCGCACAUCUGAUACUGAUGUACAUUGAAAGGAGUCGUGAUGUAAAGUGGAGCCUCAUAUUCUACUGAACCUGAACCACAACUGGACCCAGCUGGGUUCACGGAGACGAGUCCGUAUUCUUCUUAUGCAAGCUGGUCCAGCACACUGCCUGCUUUGUUUCUUCAGUUUGGUUCCUUAUUUAAUUGCUACCUCGAUACUGUAUGAAAAUGCCCCCUUUUGUAUUAAUAAAAGUUUGUUUUUUA